UUUUACUGGGCGCGCGGCUUCCUUCCCAAGCGAGCAAUUUAGGGUUUCAGCGGUUGCGGAUGCCAUUCGAGAGACACAACCCCCGCUCGCAGAACCUGUAGCAGGUGCGCGUGGGUCACGUGACUCUGCCGUCUGUCUUGGGAGCCGCGCCAGCUUCCUUCCUUUUAGGCGUUUCUCCGCUUGCGUGACCGGACUGGAUUAGGGAAUGCGGAUAGAGUUGGCCGUCGCUCGUUAGUUCUCGGGAAAAACAAAACAGAAAACCCCGAAGGAGUCGGGGGUGUUCAGGCCGACUUUCCUUCAGACGCUGGCGAUUCGGCGGACCGAAGAUGAGCAAGAUCCAGAAGUUUUUCAAGGGCGGCGGGGGCUCUGGCUACUCCAAGGGGAAAGGCAAAGGCGGGCCCACACCGCAGGAGGCUUUAGCGCGGUUGCGGGAGACGGAAGAAAUGCUGACCAAGAAGCAGGAAUACCUGGAAGCCCGGGUCGCCAAGGAACUGGCCCUGGCUAAGAAACACGGCACCCGAGACAAGCGAGCUGCACUGCAGGCACUGAAAAGAAAAAAGAGGUAUGAAAAACAGUUGAGCCAAAUUGAUGGGACUCUUUCCACUAUUGAAUUCCAGCGUGAGGCUCUUGAAAAUUCUCACACAAAUACAGAAGUAUUCAAGAAUAUGGGCUAUGCUGCUCAGGCCAUGAAAAAAGUACAUGAAAACAUGGAUUUGGACAAAAUUGAUGAAAUGAUGCAAGAUAUCACUGAGCAGCAAGAUAUUGCCCAAGAAAUCACAGAGGCUCUCACAAGAAGGGUUGGUGAUGACUUUGAUGAGGAUGAACUUUUGGAAGAAUUAGAAGAACUGGAGCAAGAGGAACUCAACAAUAAGAUGAAAAAUGUUCAUUUACCAAGUGUCCCAGCUACCCAAUUGCCUUCUCAUCCUGCAUCUUCAAAGAAGAGGGUGGAAGAUGAUGAAGAUAUGCAGCAACUGGCAGCAUGGGCAUCUUAACAGCAAUUUCUCACUGGGUUCAAGGGAAUACUACGGGAAUAUCAUGGAAGGACUUCAUGGAAUAGUGCUUAUAUUUUAUACAGAAUGUAGCUAUGUGGAAUUUUGACCCAAAUUGGUCACUGGUAGAAUAUGUGUAUAUAUUUUAUAUAGUCUUGUAUAUAUUCUUUCAUUUUUUUAAAAAAAGCCAGCAUUCUCAAGUAUAGUCUUUCUCCUUCAGUUAUAUCUCCAGACAUACCAUUUUUAUGCUAAAGAAACCAGAUAACAAGCAACACUGAAUUUUAAUUAAUGUUAUUCUUUCUAGCUGAUACUUUUUUAAUGCCUAGAACAUGUAUAGGUUGCAAAACCUGUUGCUGCAAUAGUGAAUGUUGCAGUGGUUUGAAAGAGAAUUAAAAUUGGCUUGGUUUUGGAAUCUCUUUUAAAAAUAUUUUUCCAAAUGAAAUGAUUAAAACCCAUGGUAUUUAGGUUGACUAGAGAAAUCUUGUAGCAAUUUUGCACUGCGUUCUUUGUUUUCUGUGGUCCUUCUAUAAUAUUAAUGGCUUGUUCAGAGUACAAAGCAGAAAUGAAGAUUUUGUACCUUAAAAACUGAGAUAAUGAUGAAAGUGGAUCUCUGUUGAAAGAGAGGAUGCAUUCUCUAUACAGAGGGCAGGGCCAAAACAAGUGGAUUAAAAGUACAGGAAUGGGUUCAAGGUAGAUGACAAGAGGACCAUUCUGACUGUAUGAGCUGUCAUGUACAGUCACAGAGACUGUAGAAUAAGUUGUCAUAUGAAGUGAUGAGUUCUUUUUCCAGUGAAGUUCUUCAGUAGAGGUGGGUGAACAAUCUAGCAGAUCUUGUACUGAAUAGAUAACCUUUUAAGAUCCUUCCAAUUUUGUUGUUCUGGAAGAGAUCAUCAGAAAAGGAAGGGUGUCAUAGAUCCAUUAUCAGCUGUGUUUAGAUGAUUGGUAUGUCUUGAAAUUGGUUGGUCCUGGGACAAUUCAGAAAAGAGCUUUGGAUUGUUUGGCUUUCAGGUUGUUUAUAAUCCUGAUAAGUCUCAGGGAUGAGAUUCCACUGCCCAUCUAAGAGCUAGAGUAGUUGAUUCUCCUACUCCGCUUUUAAUGGAUUGGGAAUUAGCGAUUCUGAACAAUGUUAUACCAUGGUUGGUUUUUUAAAAAAUCUUUUCCCAGCCUGCACUUCUGUCUUAUCCCACAUGCACUUAAAACAAAUCUAGAAUAUUCAUAUUUUAUCAAGAGCCCACUUAAUCACUGAAUGUAUAAGGUGAUAAAGGCAUGCGAUCUAGUGCAUCCAGGGAAACUAUGAUGCAUUAUGCAGUCUAAAAUAUUGAAUAUGAUUUAGUUUACUCAAAUUUAGUAGCACCAAACUUUUACUGAUUUUUAUGUAAGUUUGAUUAAUUUGAUUUUAUAAAAGGGAAAAAAGUAGAAUGAUUUUUUUAGCUGAGUGACCAGCAAGUGAUAUUGAGUUUAUUAGCCUCUUUAAAAAUAGGAGGUCAUAAUUUAGUAAAUCAAAUGGAUUAAAUUCAAGUAAUUGUGUGCUGGAUUCAUAUAUAUUUUCUUGAUGGCAGAUAUGUCAAGUAGAAAAAAUUUAAUAUGUUAUGAUUGUGGUUUUUAAACGAACCUUAUUCACUAUUUCUUCAUUUUUUUGAUUUGGAUAGUACUGUUCUCUUUAAAUAUUUAAAUAAAUACAAUAAUUUAUAUGA